AAACAACCGCCACUAACCACCGCCAUACCGAAACCUCUACUCUUGAACGCACCACCGCUGCCACCGCCUGCCUCCGCCGUCCCACCACGAACACCAUGCACAAGACGUACUCCGCCUCAUCCCUCGGCCCCGAUGGCCUCGACCUGUCACAGGCCUUCUUCAGGCCCAUCCACAACACCGCCCCGCCCUCCCAGACCAACCGCCACGCCAAGAUCACCGUCGUCGGAGCCGGCAAUGUUGGCAUGGCCAUCGCGCAGACCGUCCUCACCCAGGACCUCGUCGACGAGAUCGCCCUUGUCGACCCCAUGGCUGACAAGCUCCGCGGCGAGAUGCUCGACCUCCAGCACGCUGCUGCCUUCCUCCCCCGCACCACCAUCCUCUCCUCCUCCUCCGACUAUGCCGUCACCUCAGGGUCAGACCUCAUUGUCGUCACCGCCGGCGCCCGGCAGAACCCUGGCGAGUCGAGGCUGAACCUACUGCAGAGGAACGUGGCCCUCUUCAGGAGCAUCAUUCCCGAGCUUGCCAAGCACUCUCCCGACGCCAUCCUCAUGGUCGUCUCGAACCCGGUCGACAUAUUGACGUACGUGGCGUGGAAGAUCUCUGGGUUUCCACCGAACCGGGUCAUCGGCUCGGGCACGAAUUUGGACACGUCCAGAUUUAGGUUCUUGCUGGCGGAUCAUCUUGAGGUCAACGCUCAGGACGUGCAGGCCUACGUUGUCGGAGAGCACGGCGACAGCUCGGUCGCCCUGUGGUCGAGCAUAAGCGUCGGGGGAGUCCCGAUCCUGAGCUUCCUGGAGCGGCAGCAGAUCCCGUACGAGGAGGAGAUGCUGGAGAACAUCCACAAGACCGUGGUCGAGGGCGCCUACGAAGUCAUAAACCUCAAGGGCUACACGUCCUGGGCGAUCGGCUACUCCGUAGCCAGCCUGGCCCGGACCCUCCUCCGCGAUCAGCGCAGGAUCCACCCGGUCUCGGUCCUCGCGAGGGGGUUCUACGGCAUCGAGGGAGGGGAUGUGUUCCUGAGCCUGCCGGCACAGCUCGGCCGUGGCGGCGUCGUGGGCGUGACCAACGUGCACCUGACGGAUGAGGAGAUGCAGAAGCUCAGAGCCUCCGCCGAGACCCUCCUGGAGCUUCAAAGUCAGUUGGGCAUUUGAGGGACGAACCGAUAACAUAGAUUGACAACAACGAUAACACGUGCUGCUUUGUUUAUUUUCCUCAUUUUCCUUUUGCUGAUGCUGAUCGAUGUUCCUCACAUCCUCAUGUCCUUAUUUGAGACUUACCGUAUGUAUGGAAGCCUUGAUUGUUGUUGUUUUGACUUUACUUGGAGAAUGUAUAAUAACGGGUGUAC